GGAUAAUAUAAAUUAGAUAUUUUAAAACAAUAUGGAAGUACAAAUAUUAGACAAGAAAUCUAAAGAAUUGCUAUCUAAUCAAUGGAUUAAAGAGUUUUUUAGUACAAAAGAGUUUCCAAGUGUUCCAGAAAUAUCAAGAAAGAGUUGUUGUAUGUCUUCUUAUAAUAAUUCAGGAAUUGAUGGCAAAAAUCCAAUGGAUCUAUCUUUAUCUAAACGUCCAAAUUCCUUAGAUCAGAUGACAAAAGAAUGCUCAGAAUAUUUAAAUUCUGAAGAAUUAAAUUCUAAUUCUCAUAUUAAAUGCAGAUUUUCUUCAAUUCCUAUCAUAAAAAACAUAGAAAACAUUUCUUCAGAUCAAAAGAAAAAAUUACAAGAUUAUAAUUCAAUAGAUAAUGAAAAUUCAAAUGAUUACAAAGAAAUAAAAAUACAAGAACAUCAAUCACCUGAAAAAAGAGAAUCUUCAAUUAAAAUUAACAAUUCUGGAAUUUAUGAUACAAUGACACUUAUUAACUAUAUACAGCACGAAUUUUCAACAUGGUUAAAACAUACACAAAAAGAUAAACAUCUCGCUUCAUCAUCUAAUAAUUUACAUGAUAUUGCAAAAUCUAAAUACCGACAAAUUCAUCAUACUAGGAAAAUCAUUCGUUCUCUUUCCUUAGUCAGAUUACAACUUUUAUCUUUAUAAAAAACAAAAAUACUAGUUUUUCUAGGUACAUAUUU